GUCACGUAGCGCGUCCAUUCUGGAUCUGUUGGACUGAACCACAUCGGAUUUCAACGCGAAACCUGGUUGUGAAAACACAUGUUGAUGGAGGACGUGCUCCAGGGAAAUGACAGACCAGGGCAAUAACAAUCAGAACAUCUCACAAAACCCCUUCGCAGCUCUCUUCAGUUCCCUCGCUGACGCAAAGCAGUUUGCAUCUGGCCAAAAGCAAUGUCGUCAAGCUGAGCAACAAUCUGUAGAUUCAGGAGAGAGCCAGUCUGAGUCAGACAACUCUGUGUCUGACAGCAUCGAUGACAAUGAUGACUCGGUGGCAGAGAUCAGCCGAUCUUUCCGCUCACGACAGGAGCUCUGUGAGCAGCUCAACGUCAACCACAUGAUCCAGAGGAUCUUCCUCAUCACUCUGGACAACAGUGACCCCAGUCUAAGAGGUAGUAAUGGCAUCCCACCACGCUGUGUAUACCUUGAGGAAGUGGCUGCUGAUCUUGAUGGCCAGGACUGGCUUAACAUGGACACCAUAGAACAGGCUUUGUUCAGCAGGCUGCUUUUGCAGGAGCCGGGAAACCAUCUCAUUUACAUGACCUCCUGCAGUGUCGUGAAUCUCUCCGCAGAUCGUGAUGCAGGAGAGAAACGUGCCAUACCGUACCUUUACGCUUGCUACUGUAGAGCUAAAGAGGAGAUCACUAAAGUCCCAGAGAAGCUGUUAUCGUAUGCAGUGCACUGCAAAAAUUUUACUGUGUCCAAUGCCCGCACUGUUCUGCUGACCCCAGAGAUCUACAUCAGUCAGAACGUGUAUGAACAGCUUCUGGACCUGUUGCUGGAGGCUGUGAGAGGAGCCCAGUUUGAGGAAGUUGUGGAGUUUUUGGAUGAGGUUAUAGCUAGUCUGUUGGCUGACCAAGAAGUGCGGACCUUCGGGGAGGUUAUGGUGCCAGUGUUUGAUAUUUUCCAAGGCCGGGUCAAAGACUUAGACCUUUGUCAGCUGCUGCUCUAUUCCUACCUGGAAAUUCUCCUGUAUUUCAGUCGGCAAAAGGAUAUUUCUAAGGUUUUAAUGGAGCAUAUUCAGCCCAAAGAUCCUAACAGUGGGAUUCAGUAUCAGAAAACGCUUCUGGGAGCAAUCCUGAAUAUUUCUUGUCUGUUGAAAACCCCUGGUGUGGUUGAGAACCAUGGCUUUUUCCUCAAUCCUUCUCGUUCCAGCCCACAGGAAAUGAAGGUUCAAGAGUCAAAUAUACACCAGUUUAUGGGGCAGUUUCAUGAUAAGCUGUAUCAGAUCCUGAAAAACUUGCUUCAGCAGUCCAGCGAGACACGCCACCUGCUGCUCUCGUGGCUGGGUGGCUGCCUGCAGGCCAACAUGGGGCGGGCAAAAAUCUGGGCAAACCAGAUGCCCGAGAUAUUCUUCCAAAUGUUCGCUUCAGAUGCAUUCUUCUUAAAUCUGGGCGCUGCACUGCUCAAGCUCUGCCAACCGUUUUCUCGACCCUACUCGCCUAAACUCCUGACCUUUAACCCCACGUACUGCUUGCUUAAGGAGCUGAGUGAGGAAGAGCAGCGUAACAGAAACGUGCACGCAAGAGGUCUGGACAAGGAGACAUGUCUGAUACCUGUUCCCCCUCAACAAACGGUUGAAUUUGCCCAAUCAUACAGCCUUCUCACAGAAAAUCUCAUCCUUACACAACUUACACUGUACCUGGGCUUCCAUAGACUUCAUGAUCAGAUGGUGAAGAUGAAUCAGUCUCUACACCGGCUGCAGGGGACAUGGCGGGACACGCAGCUCAGUGGAGGCGCAGCAGCAGCAGAGCUACGGGAACAGUUUGAACGCCUCAUGACAAUCUAUCUCUCAACCAAGGCUGCUACAACGCAGCUCGCCAUGCUACAAAACUGCCUCAACCUCCAAGCCUCCUGUGCCACCCUGCUGGUUCAGCUCAGCCUGGGCAACCAGGGGUCUGAGCACAUCCCUCUCAUCUUUCCCUUACCUGCACUAGAGAACAGCCUGCUAUGCUUUGUGCCAGAAUUCUUUGCCGAAAACAUAGGCGAUUUCUUCAUAUUCCUCCGCCGCUUUGCUGACGAGGUGUUGGAGUCCUCGGCGGAAAGCUUAGAACAUGUCCUGACCUUCAUCACUGUGUUCAUGGGCAACGUUGAUAGAAUGAAGAAUCCUCAUUUGCGCGCAAAGCUGGCAGAGGUUCUUGAAGCUGUGAUGCCCCAUAUGGAGACUCUGUCACCUGGCGCUGUCCAGCCUAUCAUGUUCCAGCGCCAAAGGGUGUUCAGCACAUAUCGGCAUGCACCCCAACUUGCUGAAGCCCUCAUUACAGUGUUUGUGGAUAUAGAGUUCACUGGUGAUCCUCAUCAGUUUGAGCAGAAGUUUAAUUACAGACGACCAAUGUAUGCCAUUCUGAAGUACAUGUGGGGAGAAGAGAGCUACAGGGAGAGCAUUAAGCGUCUUGCUGAUUAUGCAUCUGAAAAUCUUGAAGCCAUGAAUCCACCACUCUUCCUGAGGUUUCUCAAUCUCCUCAUGAAUGAUGCCAUCUUCUUACUUGACGAGGCUAUACAGUAUUUAAGUAAGAUCAAAAUCCUCCAGCUGGAGAGGGAUCGGGGGGAGUGGGACAGUCUGGCCCCUGAUGCCCGCAGAGAGAAAGAAUCUAGUCUGCAGAUGUUUGGACAGCUGGGUCGCUUCCACAACAUCAUGUCAAAUGAGACCAUUGGCACCUUGGCUUUCCUCACAUCUGUAUCCCCGACGAACCUGCGUGAAAACAUCACUGAGCCUGCUCUGCGCUGGGAUCUUGUCGGGGUCUUCGGUACCUCCACCCCGAAACAUGGAUAA